AUGCGUCGUGAUGGUGUUGCCGCCGCCCGCCGGCGUCGAUCCGUGCAACAACCCUUCCCUUCGCCUAAACUGCGCCGCCCGGUCGAUCUGCUGCCCCAACCAUUCUUCCCCCAGACUCUGAUGGGGAUUUUCAUGAUCGUCCGCGCGGGAAGGGAAGGAAUGUGCGUAAGACGGAAGCGCCAGCUCCAUGCUAGGCUACCUAGCAAAUUGUUUCCCCGCGGAGGCACACUCACCACCACCCCCGAAAUUCCAAUGGGAACUGAGACUCAACCCUCCAAAAGGCUGUCCGACAUGAACCCUGCCACCGGCAAGAUGCCCGGCUGGCCCGCGCUAUCGUACCCGACGCCGGUCGCACCGGCCGAGAAGUUAGAGAGAGCCUCGCCCCCUUUUCCAUCUUGA